UAGACAUGCAGCUAGACAAGGCGCUGAUUUUUGAGGACGAUGUGCAUUUCCAAACCAACUUUAAACGUCGCCUGAUGCGGCUGAUGGAGGAGGUGGAGCAGGUGGAGCUUGACUGGGACAUCAUAUACCUGGGCAGGAAGAAGGUGAACCUUGAAGAGGAAGUCGCAGUGGAAAAUGUCAGGAACCUGGUGUACGCUGAUUACUCCUACUGGACGCUCUCUUACGCCAUCUCUCUUCAGGGAGCUCAGAAGCUCCUUAAUGCUGAACCGAUAUCCAAGAUGCUUCCUGUGGAUGAGUUUCUACCCAUCAUGUAUGACAAGCACCCCAAGUGAGU